CGGAACUAGGAACUAAUGAAGGAAAGGAAUGCUUCCGCCCGGACAUAAUAGUGAGCAGUACAAAUCCAUCGAGAAGAUUUCUACAUUGAUGGAGGCAGUGUUCUGGUUUCCAUUGUAGACUGUGUUGUAUUCACACAUCGAGAGACUUGUUGGGAGGCUUCAUUAAAGUCAUUCUGCUUUAGUGGAAACCGCGUCACCAUGCCGACGGUGGUCCUAAUGGACGCGUCCCUGUCCAUGACGCGGCCGGUCUCUCUGGAUCAGUGCUCCGAGGAGUUACAGAGGAAGAAUCUAGCCGUGGCAGGACUCACCAUGCUGUUUGAACACAUGGCUAACAACUACAGACUGGAAUUCACCUCUCUAGUGGCCUUCUCUUCUCUGUGGGAGCUACUGGUGCCUUUCACCAGGGACUACAACACCUUACAGGAAGCCCUGAGUAACCUGGAGGACUAUGACAAGACGUGUCUGGAAUCGGCUUUACACGGAGUCAGCAACGUUGUGCAGCAGGAGUGGGGUCACGCCUGUCCCACACAGGUGGUGUUGGUAACAGACGGAUCACUGGGGAUCGGUAAAGGCUCACUGAGAAACUCCCUACAGACUCUGAAAGGACGCCCGGAAGAUAAGAAGUUCCCCUUGCCCUUCCCUUUCCCAGCGAAGCUGUUCGUCAUGUGCAUCGCCAACGCGGAGGAGUUACAGAUGACGGACACUAUGCAUAACCUGGUUCAGCUGCUCCAGCUGAACGGAGGAGACGGACAGAUCUUCACCAUGGAAGGCCAGCUCUGUCUGAAAAGUGUCCAGUCUAUGUUCGGGCGUCUGAUAGAUGCCGCCUACUCUCCGUUCCCUGCUGUACUGCGUUGUGGGAACCUGGCUUCUGAUGUCCAGGUGUUUCCCAGACCUGAGCCCGUCUUCCUGGAUGAAGAAAUCGACCCAAUGCCACGACACAUCCUCACAGAUCUGGAGAUAGUUGGUUUUAUAGAGAUAGGAGACAUCUCCAGUCCUCCUGUCAUGUCCAGACACCUGGUCCUGCCUAUCGCUGUCAAUAAAGAGGUGGAUGAUGUGGGUCCAGGAACCACAGAGGAGCCAGAGGAGGAGACAUCAGCCAACCAGCAGGCAGGGAAGGUCCCCAACUUCUGUGUCCUACUCCAUGGCAGUCUGAAGGUAGAGGGCAUGGUGGCGCUGGUGCAGCUGGGCCCAGAGUGGUAUGGUAUGCUGUACUCCCAGGCAGACAGCAAGAAGAAAUCUAAUCUCAUGAUGUCUCUGUUUGAGCCUGGACCUGAGCCUUUACCCUGGCUGGGCAAGGUGUCGCAGCUUGGGCCUAUAUCAGAUGCAGCUGAGAACCCGUACGGUGAGGAUGACAGUAAGAGUCCUUUCCCUCUGCAGCCUAAGGUCAAACGCAGCUACGCUCAGAACGUCACUGUCUGGAUCAAAGCUAGCGGACUGCAGACUGAUGUGCAGAAGAUCCUGAGGAACGCCCGGAAACUGCCAGAGAAGACCCAGACCUUCUACAAGGAGCUGAACCGUCUACGAAAAGCAGCGCUGGCCUUUGGUUUCUGGGAGCUGCUGAAGGGAGUUGCAGAGCUCUUAGAGAGGGAGUGUACUCUGCUGCCAGACACAGCCCACCCUGACGCUGCCUUCCAGCUAUCACACGCUGCCAAGCAGCUGAAACUAGCCUCCACAGGAGACUCCCAGUACGCUGCCUUCGAUCAGAACAUCAACCCCAUGCACACCGACUUCUCUGGGGGAGGAGCUGGUAUGUAGAGGAAGGAGAGAGAGGAAGGAGAGAGAGGAAGGAGAGAGAGGAAGGAGAGAGAGGAAGGAGGGAGAGAGAGAGAGAGAGGAAGGAGAGAGAGG